AUGAUCGCGUCCUCCGUGUCUUUAACAUCAUUAGCGCUCGUGUGGAAGUCAUGGGACAAGCACGGGACAGUUCGAGGACUUCACAUUUGUGGGACGUUACCAUCAUCCAUCUGCGUCUCAGUCUCUAAGCAGCAGAUCCAGAAACGUGUCGAAGAGCCCCAGCCGCGGGACUGGAGCGGUCUGAUACAGGUCUGCAGCGGGAACAUCCAGAAGAUCUCCCACAACACUGGUCAGAUCAAGAGCCUCCUGCACCAGCUGGGCAGUGACCAUGAGACCUCUGCUCCUCAGGACAAGCUACAGCAGCUUCAGCACUACACAAACCAGCUCGCCAAAGAGACCAACCAACAUCUGAAGGACCUGGGGGCGCUGGCUCCGCCCAUGUCUCCGUCUGAACAGAGACAACAGAAGCUGCAGAAGGAGCGUCUGAUGAGCGACUUCUCUGCGGCGCUCAAUAACUUCCAGGUGGUGCAGAGACGAGCUGCCGACAGACAAAAGGAGACUGUGGCACGAGCCAAAGCUGGGUCCAGGACCGCGGGGGAUGGAGACCUGAAUGACCAUCUGGUGACGUUUGAAAAGGAGGAUGAGUGGGGCCAGGCUGUCACUCAGAGCCAGGAGCCGGGCAUCACUGUGGAGGACCUGGAGGAGAUCCGGGAGCGGGAGACCAACAUCCGACAGCUGGAGUCCGACAUCAUGGACGUGAACCAGAUCUUCAAAGACCUCGCUGUGAUGAUCCACGACCAGGGAGAGAUGAUCGACAGUAUCGAGGCCAACGUGGAGAACGCAGAGGUCCACGUGAACAAGGGCACGGCUCAGCUGCAGAAGGCUUCCUACUACCAGAGGAAGUCCCGGAAGAGGAUGUGUGUUCUGGCCAUGGUGCUGUCUCUGGUGAUGGUCGUCCUCAUCAUCAUCAUCUAUCAGGCUUUGAAAUGA